AUGUCUCCCACACCUCCGUCUACAACCUCGUCGAGUGCUAGCGCAUUUUCGCCGGAAGGGCAAUUCAGGGUUAUCAGAAAAAGGAAUCGGGUGCCUCUCUCUUGUGGACCCUGCCGGCAUAGGAAGCUGAAAUGCAACCGUGCAAACCCUUGCGAGAACUGCGUCAAGCGAGGCGAUGCUGCGUCAUGUUCAUACGCCCAGGCGAAUGUACGAAAAAAGAAUACGCCCCAACAGUCUGCUUCAAGCUCGCCAGAUGAUAUGCAGAACCGGAUUGAUCGGCUGGAAAGCCUCGUUCUCUCGUUAAUGACGAAUGGAUCACAGACCGCAGGUCCAGCUGCGGCGCUUGCUGCAAUAUCAGGCAAUAGCAGCAGCACUGGUUCGGUACCGCACACAGGUGAUCUAGACCUAGAGGAUGAAUCACCCAAUGGCCCGGAGGAGAGUGACACUGAGCAAGUCACGAAGUCGUUCGGGAUCAUGAAGGUGGACAACAAUAAGUCAUGGUACUUCAGCGAAGCUCAUUGGGCGACAGUAAUGCAUGAUAUUGCGGAAGUCCGCAAUUACUUCCAGACACACAAGAAACAGUACGAGGAACAAGCCGAGAAGUUGAAGGCUACCAAGCUUCCUACCGACGUUCCUGGCUCUGCAUUGUUGUUUGGGGCUACGAAACCUCUGACCCGAGGGGAAAUCAUGUCUUCUUUUCCGUCCAAGUACACGACCGACAUACUGAUUGCGCGUUAUUUCAGCUGCUAUGACCCUUCAACUCACAUUCUCCAUGGCCCAACUUUUCAAGCCCAGUAUAACAAACAUUGGGAAGACCCUUCGCAGACCUGUACUGUCUGGAUUGCCAUGCUCUUUUCCAUGAUGCGACUGGCCAUGUUAUCGUACUAUCGGGAUGGAGAUGAGCCACCCGAGUUCCGGGGCAAGUCCUUGGACAUGGCUGGCACAUUUAGGAAUCUAGUGGCGCAAUGCCUUACCUUGGCAGACUACACCAAGUCGUAUCCAAACUUGAUCGAAAGCUUGAUAUUCCACCUUCACGGCGACCUCUGUCAAACACGAGAAGCGGACGUAUCCGUUUGGGUGCUGGUGGGCGUGAUCACGAGACUGGCCAUGAGGAUGGGGUAUCACCGUGAUUCCAAAAUGUUCCCUAACAUCACGCCUUUCCAAGGUGAAAUGCGUCGUCGAGUGUGGUCAUUCGUACGGCAAGCCGACCUACUGUGUUCUUCUCAAAUCGGCCUGCCCAGCAUGAUUCGCAGCGCUGACAGUGACACGGAUCUUCCCCGGAAUCUGUAUGACGACGAUUUCGACGAGAACUGCCAGGAGCUUCCUCCAUCCCGUCCGCCAAAUGAACCUACCCCCAUAUCUUACCUCAUUGCCAAAUCUCGCCUCACAUUUGUCUUCGGUCGUGUCCUUGAGUCGACUUCUCCCCUCCAAACUGCAUCAUCAUACGACAAGGUCAUGGAGCUUGAUGCUGAACUUCGCCGAGCCCGGGAUUUGAUACCGGAGCACUUGCUGGUUCGUCCGAUUGAAGACUGUCCGCUCGAGUCGCCAAAUCUCAUCCUGUCACGGUUUGCCGUGGUGAGCGUUUACCACAAAGCACAAUGUGUCCUUCAUCGAAAAUACCUUGUCCGAGCCCGUGAUAAUCCUCGGUUUACGUACUCGAGAAGGACAUGUAUCGAUUCUGCCAUGGAGCUGUUGCGAUAUCAGUCAUUACUUCACACGGAGACUCGACCCACAGGCCGCCUACGAAGUCGACACAACCGAGUCACCUCGCUUUGCUCCACCGAUUAUCUCCUUGCCGGGACCAUCAUAUGCAUCGAUCUAUAUAAUGGACAACGGCUUCAGGCUGCAAGCAGAGCGUCCAGUGACUCCUAUGCCUGGGGUAGAGAACGACGAGAGGAAAUGUUGGCAGCUCUGCAGCGGUCCAAGGAGAUAUGGGUGGAACUGCAAGACGAGACACUGGAGGCUUGGAAAGCUGGAGGAGCUCUAGGGGUGAUGCUUGCCAAGCUGAACUUGGGAUUCCCUGAAAACACUGCUGCCGCGCCGACAUUCGAGCCGCAGGACGAGAAACAAAGUGCGGCGAUGACUCUCGGCCUUCUCAGCAGCGGGAUGAGCCCCAUGAACCCCGGCCACCAAUCCCUCAAUGACAUCGCCUUCAAGAUGGCAGAGGCACCUUUACCAGCACCGGGGACGUUUGGGACGACGGCCGAUAUGCCCGCAGCACCUUCACUUUUUAACACGAUGUUUGGACAAAUGCCUGAUAUGCAGCUUAACCUGGACUGGGAUGCUUGGGAUACCUACAUUCAGAACUCGACGCUGGAGCCUUCGUCACAAUGGUGGCCCUCUGCAGACAUACAGCAGCAACAGGGCCAAAAUCCGCUGUCGCCUACGCAGCUGCCAGCGGUUCAGAAUGGUGGUGCCGACAGGAUUCGCUUGCCUCGUGGCCCGAAUCUCUUCUCGCUAGAAGCCAACGGUUAUGAGAACAGCAGCCCAGGUGCCGCGACAACAUUUUCUGCCAACGGUAAUUCGGGGCAGGGGGCAUCAUGA